AUGCCGUUCCUAAAGGGUGGACGUGCUGCGGUGACAAGAACUAAGAAGUAUUUAGAAGCCGGACGAAUACUUCUGAACGAUGGUGUCAAGAUCAUUGUCAUCAAUCAUAUUCCUGGAGCAGAAAUAUCACAUGGAUGUGAUGAGUUCAUUAAAUGGUAUUUACCUCCUUUACAAUUCAGAAAUCCAAACGUUCAGAUAAUUACGUUCAAAAAUAUGUUUCCAACACCAUUUAUUAAGAUUUACCUUGAAAAGAAUGAGGAACAAGUGCUAAAUUGCGCUUUUCGAAAGAAUUCUGAUAUCUACGAUCACCUGCACGCACUUCUUGGGAAGGCUGCCCCAUCUGAGAGUUCCUUAGUGAAUAACUUAACUACAAAGAACCCAUCGAGCUUUGGGACUGAGUUUCCGCGUCAAUGUAUAUGUGAAGUAUACGGUCAAGUACCUUGCUCGUCUGAUAUUGGGAAACCGAAGCUAUGGUCAAAGUUAGAAUAUACAUUGCCUGCAGUGGAUACAGGACUUCUUCCUAACGUGACGGAUACUAGUAUUAAAAAUGACCGAUAG